AUGGAACCUAGAAACAAGACUUAUUUUGAAGAUUUUAUCCUACUAGGAUUUUCUGAGGGGCAAACAAUAUCUUCGCUUUUACUUGCGAUAACCUACACAAUGAUUAUUAUUGGGAAUAUUACUGUUUUUAGCAUUAUUCGAGUUGAUCACCAUCUUCAGACACCAAUGUACUUUUUCCUGAGUUGCCUAUCAAUAUUAGAUGUGUGCUACUCUACGGUCGCACUCCCGGCUAUGCUGGUCAAUGCUAUAACGGGCAAUAGAAGGAUUUCUUUCAACAGAUGUUUUACACAGCUCUAUUUCUUUGUGCUGUUUGGGGGAGCGGAAUGUCUACUCCUAGCUGCCAUGGCCUAUGACCGAUACGUGGCUAUAUGUAACCCACUGCACUAUCUGCUCAUUAUGAAUAAGAUGUUCUGCUCGUAUUUUGUAGCAGGAUGCUGGAUCUGUGGAUUCUUGAACUCCACGUUUCACACUUUGAUGACUGUCAAAUUGACCUUCUGUGGAGAUCGACAAAUCCACCAUUUCUUCUGCGAUGUUCUCCCCAUGUUAGAAGCAGCUUGUAGUGAUAUAGACAGCAGUCAGGUGGUGUUGCAUAUUGUCACUGUGUUUCUAGGAAUGUUUCCAUUUCUACUUGUGAUGUACUCAUACAUACAAAUCAUCUCCGCUAUACUGAAAAUCCACUCUUCUUCGGGAAGACAGAAAGUCUUCUCCACAUGUUCCUCCCACCUUAUUGUUGUUACUAUAUUUUACAUAACAGGUGUUUUCAACUAUAAUGGUCCCAUUUCUGGAGAUUCCUUUGUCAUUGUCCGAGUAUCAUCUGUUUUAUAUAGUGUUCUACCUCCAUUGUUGAAUCCUUUUAUUUACUGUUUGAGAAACAAAGAGGUGAGAAGCGCCUUGGGAAGGGUAAAUAUUAGGAUAAAAAUUCAGAUUUAA